AUGGCCCUGACAAGGCUAGAAUGGCACCUUGAGAGCCACGGCCAUCUCCCAGAGACACUCAUCGGCUUCCGCAGGCACGUAUGCGCCCAAGACGUGGCCCUGCAAAUUACCACAGAUGUAUACGAUCACUCUAGUUCGGCACAACUCCGGACAAUUGUACGCGUGGAUAUCAAACGUGCCUUCUAUAAUGUCUUGCACCAAGCCAUCAUCGACAACCUAGCAGCUACCAAACCCGGAGAACGCAUGGUUCUCUUCGUCUGCGGUUUCCUCAGUGCUAGGCAAGUACGCUUCUUGGGUCCGAACAGCCAGCCAUCCAUAUGCUUCUCUAUAAACCGAGGAACGUCACAAGGUUCCAUUCUGUCACCGACUCUCUUCAACUUGGCGAUGAAGGACCUCCCUGCAAAGCUCAACCUCGUUACAGGUCUACGCCAUGCAAUAUACGCUGACGACAACACACUUUGGUGUGCCACCGGAAACCCAGGCGAACAGGAAGCCACACUUAAAACCGGCUUAGACAUCGUCGACACCUACAUACACCAGCUAGGCCUCACAUGCUCCCCGGAAAAAUCAGAGUACGUUGUCGUACUGAAUUCCUCUACUCGCAAAGCAGCUGCUGAACGCACCCACAUACAUUUGACUAUGACCGGUGAACCUAUCCCGCUCAGAAAAUCCGUCCGCACCCUGGGAUUUCCCUUGCAAGAGAAUGGACGUAGUGCGGAGUGGCUACGGCGCAUCCUUCAUCAGGCCAGUCAAGUCAUACACAUGAUGACACGCGUAAGCAAGCGCCACACAGGCCUGCGUGAACAUGAACUCCGCAAAAUUGCUGAGGCAGCAAUCUACUCCCGAAUCCGCUAUGGCCUGCCAUAUGUUGCACUUACACGCACCCAGACCAAACGACUCGAGGCUUCUUUGCGAGGAUGUCACCCAAUUGAAAUGGGUGUUCCCAGGUACGCCCGUAGCAUCGAUGUUAAACGCGCAACCCUGCACAACACCUUGGAUGUGAAGGUCCAAUCCCACCGAGAGUCUCAGCAUCUCCGUCUGAGCACCUCGUCCCAGGGACGCGCCAUCCAGUGA